GAGCGCAAAAGUGCCACAGGUGAUAGGAGGUAUGACAACAGAGAUGAGCGAGAUUGAGUGUUCUCUGUUGUGCAAAUAACUAUCAAAAUCUCUCCAAACAAAAACUUUGAAAUGUAAGAAUAGAAGCUGAAACCUCUGCAAGGUGCAGAAAAUCUACGAUUUCACCACGUCACUUCUCGGGAGAUCAUGAAACAUCAUCGGACGUGGCUGAGCCGAGGACAAGAGGAGAAAGCUGAAGAAAACCAUCUUCACCGAUGAGGCAGCCAAGUUCAUCUGCGCCUCUCCCUUUACGCACAGGCGAGAAAAGCACACCAUGGAUGGAGAAGGAGGCUCUUCGGGGCUGGCCAAAUCAGCCGCUGUAAAACUGUCCGAGAUGGGCGAAAGAACCAAGCAGUUAGGCACCGCGAUGCGGGAUCCUCACCAGCAAAGACGGAUCAUACUGGUGAUUGUUUGCGUGGCUCUCCUGUUGGACAAUAUGCUCUACAUGGUAAUCGUGCCAAUUAUUCCAGACUAUCUUGCUGAUCUGGAGAUUGAGCAGUCAGAACACGUCCACGUUGUGAUGCACUCCAACACUUCAGCAAACAGCACAAGCCAAGACAAAAGCAACAAGGACAAUUUAGAUAUCCAGAUAGGAAUACUUUUUGCAUCAAAAGCCAUCCUCCAGCUCUUAGUUAACCCCCUGUCGGGAACUUUCAUAGACCGGGUUGGAUAUGACAUUCCACUUUUAAUUGGACUCACUGUCAUGUUUGUCUCUACCUGCAUCUUCGCUUUCGGGGAGAAUUACGCGACUCUCUUUAUGGCCAGAAGUUUGCAGGGUCUCGGUUCUGCUUUCGCAGACACCUCUGGAAUCGCGAUGAUAGCUGACAUAUACACGGAGGAGGCAGAGAGAAGCAGGGCGCUCGGCAUUGCUCUGGCGUUCAUCUCUUUCGGGAGUCUGGUGGCGCCUCCCUUCGGGGGCGUCCUGUACGAGUUUGUCGGCAAACGAGUGCCGUUCAUCGUGCUCGCCUGCAUUUGCCUGGCGGAUGGCUUAAUGCUGCUGACCGUGAUCAAGCCAUUCUCUAACAGGACUAGAGAGAACAUGCCAGUCGGCACCCCCAUAUACAGACUCAUGAUUGAUCCCUACAUAGCUGUGGUGGCCGGGGCACUGACAGUGUGUAACAUCCCCCUUGCCUUUCUAGAGCCAACUAUAGCCAACUGGAUGGAAACCACCAUGCACUCAUCUCAGUGGGAAAUGGGGCUCACCUGGCUCCCAGCCUUCUUCCCUCAUGUUCUCGGUGUUUACAUAACGGUUAAAUUGGCAGCACAACAUCCAAAUUUGCAGUGGUUUUACGGAGCUGUAGGGAUGGUUAUCAUAGGGGCGAGCUCCUGCACAGUCCCGGCAUGCAAAACUUUUGGGCAGCUUAUCGCCCCGCUGUGCGGCAUCUGUUUUGGCAUAGCGCUGGUAGACACUGCCCUGCUACCCACACUUGCAUUUUUAGUUGAUGUGCGUCAUGUUUCUGUGUAUGGUAGUGUUUAUGCUAUUGCAGAUAUUUCCUACUCUGUCGCUUAUGCUAUGGGUCCCAUAGUAGCCGGGCAGAUAGUGCACAGUCUCGGUUUUGUACAACUUAAUCUUGGUAUGGGUCUUGUCAAUGUGCUUUACGCACCAGCCUUGCUGCUGCUGCGCAACGUGUGCCAAAUGAAACCGUCCUACUCAGAGAGAGAUAACCUGCUAGAUGAAGCUCCGCAGGGGCUGUACGACACAAUCAAGAUGGAGGAGAGGAGAGCGAAGAAGAAGGGCUACAGUUCGGCAGGGAAUUGCCUGUCGGUAGAUGAGAAUGGGUUUGACCCCUUCAGAGCACAGCGGUCCUUGUCAGAAGAGUCCUCCGGCCCGGAGUGCACUUAGACCGGUUACAAUCCGACCUACAAAUCAAAACAUUUGUGAGAUUUGUGAGGCAGACAAAUUACAAUCUAGUGAUUUAAACUUUUAUGUAAGUACCGAUGUGCAAUAUAAACACCUAGUCACCAACGUCACAACUGUGUGACUCGUUUUUCAAAGUUUUUUUUUUCUUCUUCUUUCUCACUGUGGUUUCAUUGUGUCAACAAACAAGUCUAUGUAGCGUUUGUCAAGGAUGUAUAACUCGAGUUUUGUGAGAGAUCUUUCAGCUACCGUUGAAUUUGUGUGUACUAUUCAGUAUUAUAUAUACAAACUAUAUAAAUAGAUAUAAUGUGCGUAUAAAAUUGUAUGGGACCAACUGUAAGCAGCACAUUUCUCCCCUUCACAAAAUAGCCUAUAUUUUUAGUCUCGGAGGAAACUUUUUUCACUUGCACAUCAAAGGCCUCUUUCUUUUUUGUUGUUAAAAAUUGUGGAUUUUAAUAAGUAGGCCUGUUUGUUUUAUUUUUUUUGUU